AUGCGUGCAGAGUGGAAAUGCCAAUAUGAACAAGAGACCACCAUAACAAAUAAGAUUUUGUUUCAUGCCAAGGAAGAACCUUCUGGAAUUGGAAUGGCCUGGUGUGAAAGUUCUAAAUUUAGUGUUGGCCAAUGGGAAGUGAUUGGACCAGACAAACCUGUCCAGGCCUUGGUGGGGAAAGAUGUAGUGUUCUCCUGCUUCCUCUAUCCUGAGUUGACUGCAGAGGCCAUGGAAGUGAGGUUCUUUAGGAAUCGGUUUUCUGAUGUGGUCCACAUCUACAAGGAUGGGAAAGACCAGAAACAUAUGCAGAUGCCAUCCUACCAUGGGAGAACUGAGCUCAUAAAGGACUCCAUUACCAAGGGGCAUGUCUCCUUGAGACUGGAGAAUGUCACUUCCUCAGAUGCUGACUUGUACGGCUGCAGCUUCAUCUCCCAGAAUAAUUACCAGGAGGCUAUCUGGGAAUUGCAGGUGUCAGGUCUGGGCUCAACUCCUCUUGUCUCUAUCAUGGGAUAUGUGGAUGGAGGAAUCCAGCUACUCUGCCAGUCCUCAGGAUGGCUUCCUCAGCCCACAGUGAAGUGGAAAGGUCCACAGGGUCAGGAUUUGCCCUCAGAGUCCAAAAUAACUGCAGACAGGCAUGGCAUGUUUUAUGUGGAGACUUCCUUUACUGUAAAAGAAAAUACUGGAAGCAUAUCAUGUUCCAUUCAGCACAUUGACCAGAGUCUAGAGGUGCAAUCCAGUGUAUGGAUAGGAGAGACAUUUUUCCAGCCUUCACCUUGGAGCCUGGUGUCCAUUUUACUGAUAUUGGCCUGCAUUGGCAUAUGUGGUGUUGUCAGUGGAGUGAGGAUUUUCUACUUCAAAUGCCAGAGGAAGCUCCUGAAAGAAUUGAAAUGGAGAAGGAUGGAAGAACAAGCAGAACUGAGGGAGGCCCGGACUCAUGCAGUGGAGGUGACUCUGGACCCAGACACAGCUCACCCACAGCUCCGCAUUUCUGAUCUGAAAACUGUAACCCAUAGUGUUGCUCCCCAGAAGAUGCCUGACUCAGAGAAGAGAUUUAUAGGGAUGAAAUGUGUUGUGGCUUCUCAGGGUUUCUCUGCAGGAAAACAUUACUGGGAAGUCGGUGUGGGACAUGAGAAAGGGUGGCAGUUGGGAGUGUGCCGGGAUGAUACAAACAGGUCUAUACCUUUGUUUUCCCAAAAUGGGUUCUGGGUCUUUGGACUGACUGAACAACAUGAAUAUUUCACACUCAACCCCCACAGAAUCACCCUUUUCCCAAGCACCAAACCUACAAAAGUGGGGAUCUUCUUAGACUAUAAGGGUGGGACUAUCUCCUUCUUCAAUAUAGAUGAUCAGUCCCAUAUUUAUACCCUGACACAUCAGUUUGAAAGCUUAUUGAGGCCCUGCAUCAUGUGUUGGGACCGUCAUAUGGAAAAUCCUAUAGUUAUCUGUCCUGUGCAUCAGAAAGAGAACUCCUUCUCAGAGGUUGCAAACACACAGACACAGACAAUGGAGAGUCCUCUCGACAAGUGA